AUGUCAGAUCGAGAGUUUGGCUCAAACGAAGAACUGUCGCUUCCCAAAGCGACGGUCCAGAAAAUCAUCACCGAGAUCCUCCCCCCAUCCUCCGGCCAGACCUUUUCCAAAGACGCGCGCGAUCUCCUCAUGGAAUGCUGCGUCGAGUUUAUCACACUCAUCUCCUCCGAAGCCAACGACAUCAGCGAGAAGGAAGCAAAGAAGACAAUCGCCUGUGAGCAUGUGGAGCGGGCUCUGCGUGACCUCGGCUUCGGCGAUUACAUCCCGGACGUUUUGGCGGUUGCGGAGGAACAUAAGGAACAGUUGAAGUCGCGAGAGAAGAAGCAGAGCAAGAUGGAGCAGAGUGGGUUGUCGGAGGAGGAACUUCUCCGUCAGCAGCAGGAGCUGUUCCGUUCGGCAACGGAAAAGUAUCACGCGGUUCCGGAAGGAGGACCUGAGUGA